CGCCCAUUAAAUCCCUUAUUAUUGAUCUAUUAACUCCAUAUUAUUUUCUAUUUCCCGUCUCAACAUAUUGUCCAUCACCAUAAAAUCAUAUCGAGAAACUCGCAGGAUAAGUGGAGGUGCCUAACCAUGUCCUCAUUAGAGAUUCCAGUUAAUGUAUAUCCCGUUCGUACUCACUCGAAUUCAUUGGUAGGUUGGCAUUUUUAUUGGAGUCAUGUCUCUCUUAUACGCGGAGAUUGUCUCUGUUUUGGCCAUUUUUUUUUUUCGGCGGCAUCUUCGAGGUAAAUUCUUUGACGUUUGACCGCCGGUCAAAUGGUGCCAUUGACCACGCGCACCGAUCUUCCUACGCAACGAAUCGAUAAUAAUGUAUAUGUAUUUUACAUUAAUGUCGGUGGUGAGGUGAUGUUUGGCGCCAUCAUGCCUGCAAACAAUAAGAGGGAAAAAUCUUUUCUCCUGUCACGUGAUACUUCAGUGCGAGAGGAGAGAAGGGGAUUUUUUAUUCAUUUUUGUUGGGUGUCUUUCCUCCUCUCCCGCAUCAGUCGCAUCUUCUGGAAGGGGAUUAUGGAUCACUGAAAUUUUUAUGACGAACAGGGGAGGGGAUACAGCUUCUGUGAGAGGUACAGAUAGAGUGACGAUUUCUCCCUCUGGAAAAUCAGAAAACUCCAAAAACCAGUUUACAAUGGCGGGUAAUUACCAGCCAAUCAGGGGAGAGCAAAUCUCGAGGACUUUCCAAGAACUAGUAGAACUGUCAUUCUUGAAUGGUGGGUUGUGUAUCGUGGGACUCGUGGGCGCUGCUUAUCGUCUCAAAAAUCUGAAAUCAGAGCAGUUCUUUCUUUUUUUUUUAUAUUUUCUUCCAAGUUGACCGGAUUCGUGGUAAAAGUUAAUCUUUUUGAGUGAAAAAAAAUGGAGCAGGACUUGAAACCAAAAAUUGAUCAAGCCUGCAGGGUUGCCGAGGAGUUCACAAAAUUGUACUAUGAAAGCUUGGAUAAGAGGCGAUUUAUGAUAUCGAGACUCUACCUGGACACAGCAAGUUUGAUUUGGAAUGGAAAUGGAACAGAAGGAAAAGAUGCUAUUCAGAAGUUCUGGCUUGAUUUACCUGCAACAGACCACACAAUCACGACCCUCGAUGCUCAGCCCAUCACUGGUCCUGCAGUCUCCGAGCAGCUCACCUUCCUCGUUAAAGUCAGUGGCCAAGUGAAGUACCAGGAAAAAACACCGCGACCAUUCACCCAGAACUUCCUCAUAACAGCUGUUGGAGACAAGUGGAAAAUAGUGAGUGACUGUUUCAGAAUGCAGGAGGUCAUUGAAAGCACUGGUUGAGCUCAAAAUUUCAACUUAGAGUAACCAAUGCAUCUGGGGAAAUUGAUAUUCCAAAGAAUCUUUGACACAGAAAGAUAAGGACAUCUUUUUUGACAUAUACUUUUUAUUCUCAAUCCUAUAUCAAUGUAUAAAGCAAUAAAUUUUGUAUGAGCGAAUCA